AUGAGGUAUUCAAGUCUCCUUGUGGUAGCUUUACUCCAAACAACAGCAUAUGCUGCCGAUACAAGCGAGAAGCAGAAUCUCCGCCGCACUGCUGUAGAAAGCAAACCUCUCGAGAAACCACCAAACAACAAGGAGGAGCAGGAGGCUCCUCACAAGAAACACCAGCCUCGAGGGGCAAAGUCAUCGGAUACGGUGAAAUACUUUACCAUGGACGGAAGAACUAACAUGAAAGAAAAGAAAGAGAAGAAAGGAAGUUAUCAUGAUGGUGACGAUGGAAGAGACAAUCGUAUCGUCGGUGGUAGCCAAUCUGCUCCUGGUGAAUUCCCCUACUACGUGGAUUUGGGAGGCUGCGGUGGUUCCUUGAUUGCCCCCAACGUUGUCUUGACUGCCGCACAUUGUGGUAGCUACCAAGGGGAGAGUGUUGUUGUUGGAGCGUACCGUUACGAUUCCACUGCCAACAACGCCGUUCGCGUAUCCGUCUCUGCCGACGUCCAACACCCGAACUACGAUGACUUUACUACAGCCAACGACUUUCGAUUGCUGCGCUUAGCACAAGAUGUCACCGUCGGUGGUUCGAACGUCGUCCUCUCCAUCAACGAGCAGUUUUCCCGUCCUUCCAAUGGUGAAGACUUGACUGUUUUGGGGCUCGGAACGACCUCAGAAGAUGGCAGCGGAGCAGAUAUUCUCAGAGAUGUCUUGGUUCAAGCCAUUCCCACCAGUACUUGCAACCAGCCAAUCAGCUACGGUGGAGAUAUCGAGGACAAUAUGUUCUGUGCCGGAGUCAAUGGAGGAGGCAAGGACAGUUGUCAAGGCGACUCUGGUGGCCCAAUUGUCAUUCGCAAUGGCAACCAACACGUCCAAGUCGGUGUUGUAUCUUGGGGAGAUGGAUGCGCCCGACCCAACAAGCCAGGGGUGUAUGCUCGAGUGAGCAGCGCGUUCGGAUGGAUUGAACAAGUCGUGUGUGAUCAGUGGAACGUCAAUGCCGACUUUUGCGGUGGAGGUACUACUCCAACGCCACCCAGCCCCACUCCGCCAAGUCCGCCACCACCUACUCCAACUCCACCAAGCCCAACUCCGCCUUCUGGUGGUGGUGGUGGUUGCCCAGCGGGAGAGAUGGAGUUUGCCUUCACCCUUCACACCGACGAUUAUGGAUACGAGACUUCUUGGGAAGCCACACGCUCCAGCGGUGCCAAGAUUGCCAGUGGAUCCAACCUUCAGUCAGAUAGCACCUACGUCACCAACAAAUGCGUCCCCGAGGCAUGUUACACAUUGGCCAUCUUUGAUGACUACGGCGAUGGGCUCAGCUCUGUCGGUAGCUAUGAGUUGAAAGUCAAUGGUCAAGUUGUUGAGUCCAAGAGCGGCAUCGAUUUCGGAUACGAACGGUCUAUUGAUUUUGGAUCCUGCAGUGGUAGUGGCGGCGGCGGUGGCUCUGGUGGGGGCGGUGGGGGUGGAUCAUCCUCUUGCUUACCAAUCACUUUGAACCUUCGAACCGAUGAUUAUGGCUACGAAACCGACCUAUUCCUGCUCACUGAUAGGGGAGAACUGGUGUGGAAUGCCAAUGGGUUCGCCGACAACAAGGAUUAUCAAUUCAGCACGUGCCUGGACAACAGUGAGUGCGCAACUUUGGAUAUCUUUGACGAGUGGGGAGAUGGUAUUGCAUCUCCAGGAUACAUCAAGCUGGUCGUGGACGGCACGACCUACUUCAAUGGUGGUGACAUUGGCGGAGGCAUUGUCUUUCGCAUCGGUGGAAAUUGCUAA